AUGACUAAGAAGGGGAGCGAGGAGCUAGGGGCUCCGACACCAAGCAAGCUGAACUGGGCUCAAAGAACUGAUGUUGGGGCAUCACAGGAAGAUCACAUUGCACCCCCCGAGACUGCUCAACGUCCGACUACCCCAGAACCAGAGCAUCAGGAAGCCAGUCCAGUGCUUAGUAUCCAGAAAGAGAAGCAUGACGUGAAAAAAAGACGAUCCGCGAGACUGAACAAAAGAAGCGUUUCCCCCACUGAGGAAGCUCCCGCAACUCCACCAUCUCCGCCCAAGAAGACAAAGAUCGAAGGAGAGUCUUCGGAUCCUGCGCCCCAAUCUUCUGUUCCGGAGGAAGAUCCAGUUCAGACUCAACGAGAAGAUGCGGAUAAAGCCUCGUCGCGCGAUGAUGGACGCCAGUCAAAACAUCCUGAUCCUACCAAGGAGAAGACCCAGCCAUACGAUACAGACGGCACGCAGUAUCCCGAUCCAGCCGAUUGUCCUGGGUACUACUUGCGUGGGGCUACGUGGUUUUCUUACGAUGAUGAUGAAAUUCGUAAGAAGCUCGGCGUCGUACAAGAGCGUCUGCAAGAAUGGUCAGUGGAGUGGACAACUGUAGAAGAGCAACUGUCCGACAAAGACCAGCGGAAGCUAAUUGCCGGUCUGGAGGGAUAUUGUCUCCAAGAUGACUGGGCAUCGUUGGUUGACAGAUUACCUUCCAAUAUUGUUGAGCUUCUCCCCCUCAUUCUCACGCAGGCUUUGGUGGCCAAGGACCUAUUUCAGAAUGUGGUUGAGGAUCCAUUUUUCUAUCUCAAUGAGGAUGGUGGGAAGGUUACUGGCGAGCACGGCCAAGUCUCUAUUCCUUCCCGCACUGAGGUUCAUAACCUAUGGCAAUGGUGUAAACAAGUUGAACCUUCUGGAGUACGAGACAAGUGGAAUUCGAGAAAGUGGCUUCAAAUCACAGUCCGCUUUCUAAAUGCAUUUACGCCAGAAACCACGUUUGACCCACUGCUUGCGAGGCACAUGAAGGUGUUGAGAGACUGUAGACUGUAUCAACUCGCGUCCAACUUCCUCCACGAGUCUGCUUUGUUGCAUCCAUUGCUCAAAACAGUCUCUGACUCGGCGAAGGUUAGACGGUUCCAGGAGCUUCUCCAUAUCUAUCAGAUCGCCGGCGACCUUUGCAUUGGGAUGUGGACUAAUGAGAUGGAUUUCGAAUUUGGCUCUUUCAAUUCCCUGGGAGUAUUCCACGAGGACAUUCCACACAUGGAGAAGCACUGUUAUGCUGAACAUGAAGCGAAGGAAAAGUCUGACCCUGCUGAUAAGGGUAGAACUGUCCUGUUCAUGGUGCAGCCCACUAUCACUCGAUAUUGUCGGCUUGGUCGGGAGGAGGACGAGUCAUUAAUCAACCGGGCCAUUGUUAUCAUUUCCAACGAUGAUACGUAA